AUGGAGAUGAAGCAGCGUACUCCAGCCAGCAUGACAAGUUUCUCGGGCUGGUCUUGUCCUCCCCGCUCUUCAAGCCGAAAGGUGUUUCUGCGUGGCACAAGUACUUCCUCUUCUUCAUCAUCAACACAGCUAUCAGCUGCGGAAAUGGUGCAACGCUUCGCCCAGUCCUCUUACGAGCAGUGUUCAGCUUGA